ACACGCCCCUGCACAGCUCACUCAUGCACAUGCUUACAGUAGCAGUGAAGAUCAGCAGCUCGGAUGAGAACUGCAGCGGUACCAGGAUCUACUUUUUGGGACAGAUUUUUCUACAUACCUGCUUCUGUUGUGGAUUUGAGGAGCCACCAUAGGAAUAAGACUGAGUUGUGAUAGAGCUACAAUAUAUACAGGAGUGUGGGAUGAUUGUGGACACAGAUUGCUCUAUUGAUUGCGAGAUUAAUAAGGAGUGGCUGCUGUGGUUGUUACUCACCGUUUGGAGUGUCAGACACACACAAACUGGUGGGAAGCUGGUGUGGGAUUACUAGUCACUUGCAGCUGUCUCCCCUGUCUUCAUUGGUAUUCCCGCCACCAGCAACAAUGGACCUGACAUUGUGGCAGUACCAGUUCAGGAUCAUCAUGCUGGGGGACUCCACGGUGGGCAAGUCCUCCCUGCUGAAGCGCUACACUGAGGACUUGUUCCUGGAGAUCAUCAACGAGACAGUGGGCGUAGACUUCUAUGUUCACUUCCUGGAGGUGGAGCAGGGGGUCCGUGUUAAGCUGCAGUUCUGGGACACGGCUGGACAGGAGAGGUUCAGGUCAGUGACCCGUUCUUAUUACCGCAACUCAGUCGGAGGCCUGCUGGUGUUUGACAUGACCAACCGAGCAUCCUUUGACCAUAUUAAGGAGUGGCAUGCCGAGGUGUGUGACAGAGUGCAGCCACAUAAGGUUGUGUUUGUCCUGGUGGGUCAAAAGAGUGACCGAGAUGCUCUUGGAGAGAGGGUGGUGAGUCGAGAAGAGGCUGAGAAACUGGCCGGUCAGCUAGGGGUGCCGUAUGUGGAGGCUUCUGCCAAGACAGGACAAAAUGUGAGGGAGUCCUUUGAACUUCUCACUCGACGGGUCUAUCAGGGUCUUUUGAGUGGAGAGAUAGAGCUGCAAGAGGGCUGGGAUGGAGUUAAGUGCACUGUCCCACAGGCGCUGCAGUUACAGAGAGCCAGCCUGGCUCAGCCAAGUACAGCCGCCAAGAACAAUAAGAAGUGCUGUGGUUAAACUGUGGACUGGUGGUCACCCACAGAUUUGUGGUGACAUUUUACGGAAAUGUGUGGCCAUCAGGACAAACACUGAUUUGAACUGCAUUUUUUGCACAUUUGUGAAGAUACAAUCUUUAAAACUUAGCAAAAGAUCGAUUUGUUUCAAAUUUUUGUUGUCUUAAUAUGUACAAUAUUUUGCCAUUCCUAAGUCGGUGAAGAUUUACUUACUUUAAAAAUAAAUCUUGUGGAUAAAUUCUAAUGACUUUGAUGAUCCCUUAACUAAAGAUAGCGCAAUGGUAAAUAUCAGCAUGCUAACAUUGUCUCUGUGAGCAUGUUAGGGUGGUAAUAGUUGCAUUUAGAAAAGUGUGGCUAUAGAGUUUUGUUUAAAUGCAAAAUCUAUAGAUUGUUGUAUUUAUAAGACUUUGCAGAAAGGUCUGUGCACUCCUCUGUUCGAUGCUGGCCUCACAGCUGAUCUGAAUUGAUCAAGAAGAGAGGUUGUAAUAAUAACCUCCAGAAGCUGGAACUUUUUCCUUCUUAAGUCUAAUAGGUGCUAAAGAUGAGACUUUGUUAUCAUCGCAAUCUACAUCUUCCCUACCAUCAAUUCUCAGACCUUAAGACCCAUGCACUGGAACCUGGAGGUCUGGUCUUACAGAACCAAAAUUAAUAUGCAGUUAAAUUGCUGCUCACAGCUCAUGACCACACUAAGGUCAUAACUUGUUUUGCUGGUUCUGUUCAUAACUGGCAGCAGUUAAGUUACUGGGUCCCCUGGCUGAAAUUAUAAGCAUCACCAUAAGCCUUUAUGUGAACUAAUCUAUUGAGCCUGAGUUGUUGUCUGGAAAAGGCUUUGUUGUAGUACCAAUAAUUGCACAGCAUCCUGAAAGUGAGUGAUUGUUUUCAGGCAGUUGUUGCAAUUAAUUCAAUGAAAACUCCAGGGUGCCUUUGGAUAUUGUUCUUUUGAAAUGUUGUGAGAAGUUCCCAUAGCAAUUACUGUUCACCUGGCUGAUGAACAACCUCUUGUGUUUCUGCAAAAAAUGCAGUUUAUUUUGCCAAAAGACACCCAGAUUCACUAAUCAGUUGUUUACUGCUAUGUCUGUAUAUUGGUUUGUGUCCUUGGUUCACUGUAAAUAUAUGCAGCUACUAAAAUAAUUAUAUUUCAAGAUUUUAAAUGUUCUGCUUCCAUUUUACCCUUGAUGUAUUUUCAUAUACUGUACAUUAGUGUGGUAUUUCUAAAACUACUGGGAGAUUCAAUAAUUGUCAGUGUCAUUAAAUGUGGGGAAUCACUUUUAAAGGAAAAUCAAUAGGUUAAUUUGCCAUAGGUUACUUAUUUAAAAGCCUUUCCUCCAAACUUGAAGAUAGGCAUUUAGCUCCCUUGGCUAACUCCAGUCUGGCAACAGAAGCCAUACUCCAAAACUUCUAUUUGUUUGAUAAUAUCAGUCAUUUAUUUAUUUUUUUAAUUUGACAUUGUGAAAAGUCCAGGCAUCAUUUCUUUUACCAUUAUUUUGACGCAAUUUGCUGAAUUAGAAGUAAAAAAUAAAAGUUACAGUGGUUGAAAUAAAUGUGUUAGUGUAAUAAAACCUACAUUCAGUAACAAUACAGCACAUACAUUUCAUCAAUGAAUUCAAAGAAUGUACCGUAUUUGCGGACACUAUCUGCAGUAUAGGAAUUUGUUAUUAUAAACGCUCUAUGCAUUAAAAAAAACUAUUAUCAACAACAUUGUACG